GCAGAUCGGAUCUCUCUCUCUUUCUCUCUUGGUCAGUCAAACACUAAUUCUUGCUGAUCAAGGAACCGCCAUUGAUUUCUAUUUCAUUUAUUUCCAUCACUCCGAUCAUCUCAUCCCAUCCCAUCCCAUGGACUUUGACAACCCCUAAAAUUAAAAAUCUUCUCCUGCAACACCACCACCUGUACAUAUGAUAUGAUGUAUAAGAUUAUCGCUUGUUUCGCGUCCUGAAAAUUUUUAGGUUGUUGGUUUGGCUGAUUGAUUGAAGAAGAAUGGCGCCGCCUUCGUCGUCGUCGUCGACGGACGAAUUCGGAAUGCAAACCCUAACCCUAACCCUUAUCCCGGGCCUACCCAACGAUCUGGGAGCAUUGAUUCUAGCUUUCGUACCCUAUUCCCACCAAUCUCGCCUCAAAUCCAUUUGCAAAUCGUGGAGGCGUUUCUUCUCUUCAAGAGCCCUAAUUUCCCUCCGUCAAACCUAUGUCGUUCCGCCUCAAUUGCUCUGUAUUUUCCGGCAGGAUCCGUCGAUUUCCUCACCGUACCUCUUCGAUCCUAGGAACCAAUCGUGGUGCCCCCUGCCUCCCAUGCCCUGCAAUCCCCACGUCUACGGCCUCUCGAAUUUCAUCUCCGUCUCCGUCGGCCCGCAUCUCUACGUCCUCGGCGGUUCCCUCUUUGACACCCGUUCGUUCCCCCUAGACCGCCCUUCGCCGUCUUCGUCCGCCUACCGUUUUGAUUUCUCCACGUUCACGUGGGAUUCCUUGUCUCCGAUGAUCACCGCACGCGGCAGCUUCGCCUGCGCGGCGGCUCCGGAGUGGGGUAAGAUUGUGGUGGCCGGGGGCGGGUCCCGGCACGCCAUGUUUGGGGCAGCGGGGAGUAGGAUGAGCUCGGUGGAGAUGUAUGAUAUAGUCAAGGAUGAGUGGGUGGCGUUGGAUGGCUUGCCAAGGUUUCGAGCGGGUUGCGUUGGAUUCUUCAUGGGGACAGAGUUUUGGGUGAUGGGUGGGUACGGGGAGUCAAGGACAGUGUCAGGUGUGUUCCCGGUGGAUGAAUAUUAUAAGGAUGCGGUGGCCAUGGAAUUAAAGAAUGGGGGGAAGUGGAGGGAGCUUGGAGACAUGUGGGAGGAUGGCGGCAGACGUAAGCUUGGGAAAAUUGUUGUGGUUGAGGAUGUCUAUUGGGAUGCAUCUCCAGGAAUUUUCAUGCUUGACAGGAGUGAAAUAUUCAGGUAUGACAGGAGUUGUAAUCGAUGGGAAAAGGAGACGAGCAUGCCCAGAAAGGCUUCGGACGAUGGGUCAGUGGGGUUUGUUGGGAUAGAUGGGGAGCUGCACUUGUUUAUCCUUGUGAAUUCAAGCGAGCCAGCAGAAGGGCGACGAUCAAGAUCGCAUAAUAAGAGGUCGGCAACUCUUUUAAUACAGAUAUAUGAUCCUAGGAAGAGAUCGUGGCGAUCAGUGAUGGCAAAACCUCCGUUUCAUCAGCCCAUAGAUUUUAGAACAGCUGUGAUGAGCACCAUUAGGCUCUAGGUUUGCUGCUGUUCUACCACCGGUAUAUAAUAUUUCAUAGUAUAUCGUAUUCAUAGGGUGGCAGAUAUGGAUAUAUGAUAGAGAUUGGUAUUAGAUGUAAGUAUGUUGUACAUGUUGAUGCAAAGUAUUUAUUGUUCAUUUAUA